GUGUUCUUUCCGUUAUAAGCUCAUCGCUACUUUCGCUAUAGUAACUGAAUGGCGUCUAAUAGGGGUUCUCAGUGAAAAUUUUUCACUCAUUUUGGUUCCCUUUUACUCCCGUUUUUCACGGAACAAAAUAUACAAAACAAAAGUACUCUCUUAUUCAAUGUUAGAUUUACAAUCUUUUAAUCGUUUAAUGCUACACUCACAGCUACAGUACAGUUAGAACCGCAUGGACGCAGCUAGUGUACACACGAUUCACACGUUUCUGAAAUUAUAGGUUAAAAAAGAACCACCGUAUUAAAAAUGGUACGCAAGAAAAUAGAUAAUCGUAUCCGUGUUUUAAUUGAAAAUGGAGUUAUCACAGGACACAGAACAAUGUUUAUCGUUAUUGGUGAAAAAGCGAGAGAUCAAGUUGUCUUACUACAUCAUAUGCUGUCCAAGACAGUCAUAAAGGCUAGACCAUCUGUACUUUGGUGUUACAAGAAGGAAUUGGGAUUCAGUAGUCAUCGAAAGAAGAGAAUGAAGUCUUUACAAAAGAAAAUUAAAUCUGGGAAAAUAGAUGUUAAUGAGGAUGAUCCAUUUGAGUUGUUUGUUGUAUCUACUAAUAUACGUUAUUGUUAUUACCAUGAAACCCAUAAAAUAUUGGGAAAUACUUAUGGCAUGUGUGUUCUACAAGACUUUGAAGCAAUCACUCCAAAUUUGUUAGCACGUACUAUUGAAACUAUAGAAGGAGGAGGAAUUAUUGUGUUCCUUUUGCAAUCUGUGAAUUCGUUAAAACAACUUUAUACAAUGAAUAUGGAUGUUCAUCAAAGAUUUCGUACAGAAGCACAUCAAGAUAUUGUUGGUCGCUUUAAUGAAAGGUUUCUAUUAUCUCUGGCAUCAUGCAAAAGAUGUUUAGUUGUUGAUGAUCAGUUGAAUGUAUUACCUUUGUCAUCACAUAAUUUGAAAAUUGAACCUGCUCAAAAAUUGACUACUUCCGAAGAACAGUCAGAGUUAGAUGGUUUGAAAGAUAGUUUGAAAGACACACAACCCAUUUCUUCUCUUGUCAAUUGUUGCAAAACAAUAGAUCAGGCAAAAGCACUUCUUAAAUUUAUUGAAUGCAUAUCAGAAAAAACAUUAAGAUCUACUGUUUCUUUAACCGCUGCUAGAGGACGUGGAAAGUCUGCAGCAUUGGGUUUAGCUAUUGCUGGUUCUAUAACUUUUGGUUACUCGAACAUCUAUAUUUCUAGUCCAAGUCCAGAGAAUUUAAAUACUCUGUUUGAAUUUGUUUUUAAAGGCUUUGAUGCACUGGGAUAUCAAGAACAUCUUGAUUAUGGACUAGUACAAUCAACAAAUCCCGAAUUUAAUAAAGCUACUGUCCGCGUAAAUGUCUUUCGGGAUCACAGACAAACAAUACAGUACAUUCAUCCGACUGAUGCCCAUAAAUUAAAUCAAGCGGAACUACUUGUAAUUGACGAGGCUGCUGCAAUACCUCUUCCUUACGUGAAAGCUAUGCUUGGCCCUUAUUUAGUAUUUCUUGCGUCAACUAUUAAUGGGUAUGAGGGUACAGGUAGAUCAUUGUCGCUGAAAUUAUUGCAACAAUUACGUAGUCAGACGGCCGGUUCUAAUAGACAUGAAAAACAUGAUAAACAUGAAAGCGAGAAAACUGUUAUCGGUAGGCAGUUACAUGAACUUACACUCGAAGAGUCUAUUCGUUAUAAACCUGGAGAUUCUGUUGAGCAAUGGCUCUGUGAUUUAUUGUGCCUAAAUGCUACUACAAAUACAACUAUAUUAUCUGGAUGCCCACCUCCAGACUUGUGUCAAUUAUAUUACAUAAAUAGGGAUACACUAUUUUCGUACCAUAAAGCGUCUGAACUAUUUUUGCAAAGACUGGUAGCGCUUUAUGUCGCUUCACAUUACAAAAACAGUCCAAAUGACUUGCAAAUGAUGUCCGAUGCUCCAGCGCAUCAUCUGUUUUGCCUUUUGGGGCCGGUUGACUCGAAUAAAAAAACAUUACCAGAAAUAUUGGUAGUAAUCCAAAUUUGCUUAGAAGGUGAAGUGAGUAAAAAUACUAUAAAGGAUGGCCUCACACGUGGACGCAGAGCAGCUGGUGAUCUUAUACCAUGGACUAUGGCGCAACAGUAUCAAGAUCAAGAUUUUCCAGCAUUAGCGGGUUCACGUAUUGUUCGCAUCGCAACACAUCCUGAUUAUCACGGGAUGGGAUAUGGUAGUCGUGCAUUAGAAUUAUUGAAGCAGUACUAUGAAAUGAAAGUACUUAGCGUCGACGAAACAUCAGUAGAAACGCCGAUCACAGAAAUAUCUAAAGUACAAGACGAAGAGGUUAAUUUACUCGAAGAAAGGAUCGAACCUCGAUCCUCUUUACCUCCAUUGCUUCUAAAAUUAAGUGAAAGACGUCCAGAGAAUUUAGAUUAUUUAGGUGUAUCUUUUGGUAUUACUGAACAGCUGUUGAAAUUUUGGAAACGGGCUGGCUUCGUGCCUACUUAUUUAAGACAAACUGCGAAUGAUAUAACGGGUGAACACUCUUGUAUAAUGUUAUAUAAACUUAAUUUCGAACAACAACAAGAAGAUAGUAGGUGGUUGCAAGAUUAUUGGAAUGAUUUUCGACGACGAUUUAUAACGUUAUUAUCUUUCUCAUUUAAUGCAUAUCCAUCUUCAUUGGCACUGAGCAUACUGAUGAACAAAACAAUUACACCAGAAGUUACUAGUUUGAAGAAAGACACGUUAGAUGUAUAUUUUACAUCUUAUGAUUUAAAACGUUUAGCAAUGUAUAGUAACAACAUGGCAGAUUACCAUUUAAUAAUGGAUCUAUUACCACCCUUAGCACGCUUAUAUUUUUUGAAUAUGAUGGGUGACACUCAUUUAUCAGCUGUGCAAUCAGCUAUACUAUUAGGAUUGGGUUUGCAACACAAAACUGUUGAUAAAUUAGCAGAAGAAUUGGAUCUACCACCUUCGCAAUUACUUGCUCUGUUCAAUCGAAUUAUACGUAAAUCUGUACAAUAUUUGAACGGAAUAGCAGAGACUUAUAUUGAAAAUGCAAUAAUGAAAAAAGAAUUCGAUAAUCAAAAUGUACAACUUAACCCUGUUAAUGGGAAGAGUUUACAUGAUGAAUUAGAAACUGCAGCCAAGGAAUUGAAAGUAAAGCAAAAAGCUGAACUGGAGAAGUUGAAAAGAGAAAAUUUAGAACAAUAUGCAAUUAAGGGUUCAGAUGGAGAAUGGAAGGACGCACUUUCCGGGAAGAAAAGUAAAAAUCUUAUAUCGAUAAAAAGUAGCGAGAAAAAAAUAUCAGAAGAUGACAGUGCCUUAGAACUUCAAAAGAAGCAAUCCAAAAAAAGAAAGAGGCAUUCCUUUAAAACUUGA